CCAAAACAGCUCACCACGGCACGGACAUCAUCCUGAUCCCGGGAAUAGAGAAAUAGCAGGGACAUAGGACGGGACGGAGAGAGAGAGAUUCCCCUGAAGAGAGAAAGGCCUCAACAUCAGCAACAUCCUACUUCGUUUUUUCUCCACAAGCUUGGACUGGGGAGCGCGCCCACCGUGUUGCGGGUGUAUGUGUGUGCGUUUGGAUCACGAUGAUGCAAAGUGCGGCGGUCCUACCGACAGAGAGUCCUGUAAAGAGUUUACCGGAGAUUCUCGGCGUGCCACUACAACAGAUCCCUCAGUGUGCAGGCUGUAGUCAGCACAUCCUGGAUAAGUUCAUCCUGAAGGUGCUGGACAGGCACUGGCACUCCAAGUGCCUCAAGUGCGCCGACUGUCAGACUCCGCUGGCGGACAAAUGUUUCUCCCGAGCAGGAAGCGUUUACUGCAAGGAGGAUUUCUUCAAGCGUUUUGGAACAAAAUGUGCAUCAUGCCAACAGGGAAUUCCUCCAACACAAGUUGUGCGGAAGGCACAGGACUUUGUGUAUCACCUGCAUUGCUUUGCCUGCAUAAUGUGCAGCCGACAGCUGGCCACUGGGGAUGAGUUUUACCUCAUGGAGGAUGGGAGGCUGGUGUGCAAGGUGGAUUAUGAGACAGCAAAACAAAACGAUGAUUCGGAGACAGGGACCAAGCGGCCGAGGACCACCAUCACCGCCAAGCAGCUGGAGACCCUCAAAAGUGCCUACAAAAACUCGCCAAAGCCGGCACGUCAUGUCAGAGAGCAGCUUUCCUCUGAGACGGGGCUGGACAUGAGAGUAGUGCAGGUUUGGUUCCAGAACAGACGAGCGAAGGAAAAGCGCCUGAAGAAGGAUGCGGGUCGGCAUCGCUGGACUCAGUUUUAUAAAAGUGUCAAACGCAGCCGAGGGGAGACGAAAGUGGAGAAGGAAAGCUCAGCUGAUGACGCAGGACUCAGUGACAGUGAACUGAGCUUCAGAGAGGACCAAGUCCUGUCAGAGCUUGGCCACACCAACGGGCUUUAUGGGAGCAUGGGAGACGUAACUAACAGCGCGGUGCUGAAUGGUGGCUUCUCUGUGGAUGCAGCAGGACAACCCUACCAUGACAUCCGAGCAGCAAGCCCCUACGGCCUCCCUCAGUCGCCCUCCUCCAUCGCCUCGCUGCCUGGCCACACCCCUCUCCUCAACAACCUGGGCUUCAACAUGGACGGUCUGGUGGCGCAAGGAGGACCAGGUGGGAUCGGACAGGCUCUGAGAGCCAUGGCGGGGGGGCCCACCUCAGAUCUGUCUACAGGCAGCAGUACGGGAUACCCAGACUUCCCCACCAGCCCCGCCUCAUGGCUGGACGAGAUGGACCAUUCCCAGUUUUGAGUUACAAACAUAGUAGAAGAUCUUUGUGGGGACAUGGCAAAACAGACUCACGAGGCUUUUUACAUUUCUUUUUAUCACCCUCCAAGACUGGUAUGUUUUAUGGUGCUGGGUGAAGAGCAUAAGGAUGAGAAGAAGUACCGCUCUCAGCCAUUGUAACGGCGAGGCAACAUACAGGUUGAGGUGUUUAGCCUGGAGAAAAACAGUCAAGAACACGUCCAUGCCACUGAACUUCCGAUCACAACACUAUCAUACAAUUUUUUAUUAUCACCUCACUUUAUUUUGUUCUUCAUUCGCUGAAAACGAGACUGGAUUUCCAAUAUGUCAGAGGAUUACGCUCACAAGGGAGGCAACAUUGUGUUGUCCUUGUCCAUCCUUGUCUAACAGCUACAACAUUAGGGCUAAAGUCUAGAUCAAAGUCCCUAUGAGACCCAAGAGGCACCUGCAUGCUUCUGAUUGAAAAUGAAUAGGACUGCUGUCUGGCCAUAUCACAGCUUUUACAUUGGCAAUGCACUUUACUCUCCUCUUCUUUUUCUACACACAGGGACAGGAAUGCAGAGGAAAGGGAUAGAAAAAGGAUGAGAGACAUAUGCACAAGGCUAAAACACAGUGUUUCAUUGGGAGAGAAAUUUAUAAGAACAGUGGCACAAGUGUGAAUUUUGAACCAUGCAAAUGUUUUUAAUGUAUUGCUGACGCUUACAAGUUAUUAAGAAGUAGAUGGUCAUUGGUUUGUCUGUCCAUUUGUCCUUAGAAGCUGAUGUCUCUUCUGUUUGCUACACAGCAGGUCUCUCUUCUAUGUUUAUAGGUGCUUGACUUGUUCUUGUCUGUGUAAAACUUGUCUGAGAGCAGACAUUUGUCAGUGUUAAAUUAUCUGUUUCCAGACUCACCAGGACCUAAAGUUUAUGUGUUGGAACAGUCUGAAUGUUUAGGGUUUGGAGAAAUUCUGGUGAUAUAUCACACAACAGUUUUUUUAAUGUAUUCUGUUGAAUGCACAGAUGUAUGACAAGGAGAUAUGCAGAGUUCUUUGUAGAUAUUAUUGAGCAAAUGAAAUGCAGAACACUGAUAUUCAAAACACCAGGAAGUAUUAGCAGGAACCCUGACACAAAAAAAAUCCCCUCUGUGUCAGGUGUUUGUGUUUCCUCGGUCUGAUCUAGGCUUCUCUUGGUAAUCUACUCAGCCCAGCAGAGCUCUAGCUUUGCCCGCUAUCAACCUAUGUACUGGCCCCAGAUGUGUUGUCAGCCUGUUCUCCCACAGCCUGGCCUCCAUGUCAGAGGGAUUACCACACAUACAGAGCUGAUACUCAACUGUAUAAUGAGGAACUGCUGGGCUGAUGUGUUUCUUAUAGCCACAUCAGCUGCAUCUUAAAGCCCUGACAACAACUGAGAAAAAUAGACCCCUGAUUCUGAUACUAUUGAAAUGCAGAGCAGCUAAUAGUUCUGCCUAAUGAGCAUCUCAAAACCAAUGGUUGUCUUGGGAAGGUUUGCUUAAAAACACACUGCUGGGGAUCAUAUCUUCACUCCUGUUUCUGCUUGUCUGUUGAAGAAAAGAAAUCAAAGCCUUAUCUAUGUGGCCACUUUUUUUUUUUUCAAAAAUAAAAAAUAAAAAAAUUGCCAAGUCCUCUUCUACCAGAGCAUCCUAUUGAAGAGCCAGAAAGCAAAUCAGUAAACAGAAAGUUAAAUCUAGACACUUUUGAAAACUUUAGAUUACAGCCCACACAUUAUUGUAUAACUGUGUUAUGUACUGAAUCAAUGAAAUCCUUACUGUGUAACUGCACUAGGUUUAAUGUGUAUGUAUAGACAAAGGAGGCAAGAGGUUAAGGAAUAAAGGGGUAACAACUGUGUGUAUACAAAGGACUUGUACUACUUAAAUUACAUUUUUUAAAUCACUGAGUAAUUCAGUAAUAAGUUUCAAAUAAGUACAAUAAUUUCAUCACUGAUAACAAAGAAAAGGGAAAAUAGUGUUUAUAUUUCACAUGUAUGACAUUAAUAGUGGUAUAAUUCAAUUUAAAAUUAAAAUAAGUUUGGGAAUCAACAGUAUAAAAGGGAAUAAAACAUGAAUUUUAAAAUGUCCCGUAUGCACUCUAUGAUUAUUUCAUUUGUGCCAGGUAAUAUAAAAAGACAUCUUGCUUAAUUUCAAAUUUGUGAAUCUCUUAUUCCCUGUAUUCUCUCUGUGUACAUUCUGUGCCAGUAGCUACGCAGUAAGUGUUUCCUUGAUACCUUAAUAUUUACAGUAUGAUGUAAACUGCAGGCUGUAAUCUAUAGUAUUAAGUGGGAAUCAUAUACAAACACAUUACCACUACAGUUUUAAGUCUGUGUUGCCUCAGAAAUUGCAUUUUAAUUGUUGUAAAUUUUGUACAGUUUGAAAAUGUGUUGAUUGUCUUGUUUCAUGAGCGCUAUUUAUUAUUGCCAUGUGUCUUUGAAAAAGAUGUAAAAGAGAGCACUGACUUUAUUCAUUUAUGCCUUCUGUGUAAUGGUAUGAACUGUGUACAGUCAAAUCUAUAUGAGGAAAA